AUGGGGUAUGAUUCCACUCCCAAACACACUGUCCGAGAUUCCCAUCCCAACAGUCCAAACUCCCAGAUUCCAAUCCCAAUCACACUGUCCGAGAUUCCAAUCCCAAUCAGUCCACACUGUCCAAGAUUCCGAUCCCAAUCAGUCCACACUGUCCGAGAUUCCAAUCCCAAUCAGUCCACACUGUCCGAGAUUCCAAUCCCAAUCCACACUGUCCCAGAUUCCCAUCCCAACAGUCCACUGUCCCAGAUUCCACUCCCAAACUCACUGUCCGAGAUUCCCAUCCCAACAGUCCACACUGUCCCAGAUUCCACUCCCAAACACAUUGUCCGAGAUUCCCAUCCCAACCACACUGUCCAAGACUCCCACCCCAACCACACUGUCCAAGAUUUCCAUCCCAACAGUCCACUGUCCCAGAUUCCACUCCCAAACUCACUGUCCGAGAUUCCCAUCCCAACAGUCCACACUGUCCCAGAUUCCACUCCCAAACACAUUGUCCGAGAUUCCCAUCCCAACCACACUGUCCAAGACUCCCACCCCAACCACACUGUCCAAGAUUCCCAUCCCAACAGUCCACACUGUCCCAGAUUCCCAUCCCAACAGUCCACACUGUCCCAGAUUCCCAUCCCAACCACACUGUCCAAGAUUUCCAUCCCAACAGUCCACACUGUCCCAGAUUCCCAUCCCAACCACACUGUCCAAGAUUUCCAUCCCAACAGUUCACACUGUCCCAGAUUCCCAUCCCAACAGUCCACACUGUCCCAGAUUCCCAUCCCAGCAGUCCACUGUCCCAGAUUCCACUCCCAAACACACUGUCCGAGAUUCCCAUCCCAACAGUCCACACUGUCCCAGAUUCCACUCCCAAACACAUUGUCCGAGAUUCCCAUCCCAACAGUCCACACUGUCCCAGAUUCCACUCCCAAACACAUUGUCCGAGAUUCCCAUCCCAACAGUCCGAACUCCCAGAUUCCAAUCCCAACCACACUGUCCGAGAUUCUAAUCCCAAUCAGUCCACACUGUCCGAAAUUCCAAUCCCAAUCAGUCCACACUGUCCGAGAUUCUAAUCCCAUCCACACUGUCCGAGAUUCUAAUCCCAAUCAGUCCACACUGUCCGAAAUUCCAAUCCCAAUCAGUCCACACUGUCCGAGAUUCUAAUCCCAGUCCACACUGUCCGAGAUUCCGAUCCCAAUCAGUCCACACUGUCCGAGAUUCCGAUCCCAAUCAGUCCACACUGUCCGAGAUUCCAAUCCCAAUCCACACUGUCCCAGAUUCCCAUCCCAACAGUCCACUGUCCAAGACUCUAAUCCCAAUGUCCACAAUGUCCCAGAUUCCCAUCCCAACAGUCCACUGUCCCAGAUUCCACUCCCAAACACACUGUCCGAGAUUCCCAUCCCAACAGUCCACACUGUCCCAGAUUCCACUCCCAAACACAUUGUCUGAGAUUCCCAUCCCAACAGUUCACACUGUCCCAGAUUCCCAUCCCAACA